GCCUGUUCGAACUUCAACUUGACGGCCGCCCUCGCAUGACCCUUGCCAACGGUGCUCCUGCCCUGCACACAUCUGUCCAAUGUUGUGCUAAUAUAUAACACUCUGUGCUGACUUGCUGGACAUUCCGCGUUAACACUAGUACUGCCACCAAGACCUUGUCCGCCGGGGUGCGAACCGCGUCCCUGCUCUCCCUUUGCAUCUCAAACAACAAUCGAUCAACCUCAUAGACUUUGCAGUAUCCGAAUCUGUACAAAUUUUUCUUCAGGCGACAAUUGACUGAGCCACUGCAUCGCAAUGCCGCUCAUCGUACCCAUCCUACGUCUGGCCUAUGUCUUCUCGAACGUCUUCGAGACCUUCAAGACCCUGAGGCCGCCUCCGCCGUCUAGUCGCAAUAGUGGACAGCCCAGCUUGCGUGCUCUCAGUCAGCGCAAACGCGCCAUGAAAGGCUGCAUGGCCGUGUGGCUCUGCUGGGUAUGUUUUACGAUGUACGAACGAACUUUGGACGGAGUCAUCAGGGUGUUCAUCCCCUUUUAUGACGAAAUCAAGUCAUUGGUCAUUUUAUUCUUCUUGAUCAGCAGGGCCAAGGGCGCUGAACCUAUCUACCUGCAUGUGCUACGCCCGGUCAUCAAGCCCUACACCUCUACCCUUGACAUACUCCUCGAGGCCGGCCACAUGAUCGGCGACUUCGUCCUGCUCGCCGCAAGUAUCCCCGUGAACUCAGUCCUCGCGCACUGGCGCAAGUGGACACAUAGCGACAAGGACCCCUUCCACGAGGAUGACUCCUUGCGGGAGAAGCGCGGCGCACAGCGCCCGGACGACGUCGUUCCCCCGUUCAUCCGUGAGGCUGCCAACGGCGCACGGCCGCAAGCUAAACGGAAGGGUAGCUCAAAUUCUAGUUCAUCCUCGUCUCGCGACCGCAGCGCUCAGCGGGCCGCCAGUCAACACGCCUUUGUGCCCAUCACCGCCAGUGCCGUCCCGCAGCCCGCAGCCCGCACCUCGCGCGCGUCCCGGAUCUACCGCGAGCCCUCGCAGGGUGCCCAGCCGCCCCCGCCGCCGUACGAGCGGUGGUACCCACCCACGUCUGCGUACGCCGACCGCAGUGGGUCCGGCCUGCCCACCCCGCCUGCGGACUCGCCCCCUCCGUUUGAGGCCGUGCAGGCAGAGAUCCUCGCCGCCGACGCAGAGUGGCGGCAGUACCCCGACUUUCCCGCGGCGUACCCGCCGACACCACUGCAGACCGCCGCACCCUCGCUACCUGGGGCUGACGGUCUCGUGGCCCCGGUGCCGCUGAGGGCGCCCCAGUUCGCUGGGAUCCCCGAGGAAGACGCAGGGGAGAGCGAUGAAGAGGACGAAGACGGUGAGGGCAAUGCGACGGUCCGGCAGGGUUUUCGCAGGUCGCUCCUGUUGCCGCGUGAGUUCAUGAAUCCCGACUCCGCUGGCGACUUGAGCGACGAACACGAACAACCCGGGAUUCAAAGCACGGAAGUACAUUCGGACAACGGUAUGGACAUUGACGCGCACGGUGACGAGGAUGCGAGCAUGGGCUCUUCGGAUGAUCAGAGCGAGCCGGACUCGGAGGAUGACUUCGACGUGACGCUCCGGACGCCCCGACGGAUGCGCGUCCGCUCCAAGACGCGGGACGACACGAUCAAGGCGAGGAGGAACGUCUACGGCCUCGCCACGACGUCCGCCGAGAGUCUCGCAAGCAACUCGACCAAGCUCAGUACAACGGACAACGGCUCGUCCCUCCGGACGAUGACGCGCACCAACUCCGAGGCCUCGCACAGCUCGCGCCUGAGCAGCGCCGCACCCUCCGGAUCAGACGCGGCCUCGAUCGUGGGGCGGAAGAGACGCAUUGCCACCGCAAUACCGCGCGCGCCGAGCACAAGGGAAACACGCUCCGCGGAUCGCGAUCCAGCUGCACCGGGGAGCAAGACCAGCACGAAAGCUGCAGCUGCUGAACGCGUGAAGAAGACGAAGGCAGCGGGUGCGCGGCCGACCGCGGUGCAGAUGCAGACGCGCAUGCGCAUGCGCGCUGCGACGCGCGCUGCCGGCGGGGCCUCCGAUGCGAGCGACGAGGACACCGCGGCGACGGACAGCGACCUGAGCGACUCUGCUGUAUCGUCUGACCUCAAGCGCAGACGUGUACCCGGGGCGCCUGGAGAGCGCGGAAACCUACCUGCGACCUCCGUACGCCCUCGGACUCGGCGAGAGGACAGCGAGCGGACGAUUCGGCCACCGAGGGCGCGCGACAAAAGCGCAUCACAUGCGGUCAGCGAGGAGACGGAGGCCCCGACUCUGCGACCACGGCCUGCAAGAACAACUUCGCGAAAUUCGACUCGUAGUCGGCGGUGAAAUUUCGGUGGCCCAACGGCAGCCGUGAACGGUCGCGACGCGAGAUUCGCGAGCAUCAGUGUCACAUUGAUUUUGACGACAAAUGGCAUUCCCAGCAUGGAUCUGAAUCGACGAGAACGCGCAAUCACUUGGCAAUUUAUCACAUUGCAUCGAGACUGGGAACAUUCACGCAUUAUUCACAACAUGUAUGUAUAGUUUGCAAUGCAUUGGUCUGAAGCAUCGUUUUUUGCGUAGCAGGUGUGAUACAGCGCGAGUAGCUGCGAGCGAGCGGUGAGUACAACGCCGGGAGAGCGAUCACGCGGACGAGGAGCGUCCCAGAGGCGGGGAU